AAUAAAUGAUAGUUAUGAAAUUAAUCAUCAAAAUAAAAUUGGGCCUUGGCCCCGUGAUAUUAGAACUCAAGUUUGCUCAGCAACGGCCCAGCUAAUUGGCCCAUAUCCAAGCUUGCUAACUAACUAAAACUAACAGUCAGAUAAGUUGGGAAAAUAAAAAAAAAAUCAGAACUUUCCCGAGAAAGUGAAAAGGAAAACAGUAGAGAAAAUGGGGGUAGCAGCAGCUAUAGGAGUAAUCGCACCAUUCCCAUUCUACUACUGGUUAUGGACUUAUCCUCAAACAUGGGUCGACUUGUGUGGAAAAGGUCGGGACCCAUCGAAAGUGAUGGCUUUGGUCUCCCAUUUCCUCAAGCUAAUCCAGUUCGUCUCUCUCUUCUCUGUCUCCACUCUCUCAUGGCUUCCCCCUCUCUACUUUUGGCCCCUUUUUGCAUUUGGCCAGUUCCUCAACUUCAGGGUGUAUCAAUUACUUGGUGAAUCUGGCACUUACUAUGGAGUACGCUUUGGGAAGAACAUUCCAUGGGUGACAGAAUUUCCAUUUGGAUACAUACAAGAUCCUCAGUAUGUAGGAAGCAUUGUGAGUUUAUUCGCUUGUUUAUCUUGGGUGCCCUUUCAAUACAUUCUUCUGUGGACACUAGGAUAUGUGUUUAUAAUACACAUAGAAUCGAAGGAAGAUCCUACCACUCGUGCCAAGCCAAUCUCUUAAGCUAGAACAACUGCAGUUGAAGAAUAAAGCCAUAUGAUAUCACAUUGUUUUUUGGUAGUAUGUUGUAUGGACGGGAAAAUUAAGACACCACUUGAAUAAUUUCAAUGCUUAGUUAUAUUUAUGAGAUUUUUAGUCUUUUGGGAUGUCA